GAAAAAAGAAAAUAUUUAAAUAUGGAAUGAAAAAAUAACGGCCUGUGUUUUUGGACAAAAUGUUAUUGUGCAUAUUGCAGUUUUAGUUUUUAUAAUUACUAAUAAUAUCGUAAAAAUGUGUGCAAAAUUAUUCCUGUUGGUGUUUAUUGUGUACUUUGCGUCUACAUCGGAAGCUUUGAAAGCUGGCGAUGAAGGCGUAUGCGUAAUAAAGCAAAGUUUUCAGGAGUCAAUAAGAAAAACCUACUCUGUAAGGACCAAGAAGUAUUGUGGGAAGCCAAAAUGCUUCAUUCAGAAGGCGAAGAUUGUGAAUCAAGUCACGUGGAAAAAUCAAACGAUCUGCUGCUACGGCUGGCAACAUGACAGCGAGAGGGACAUCUGCGUGCCAGUGUGCAGUACAGGCUGCAUAAACGGGACGUGUAUCGCGCCCGACGUGUGCCAGUGCGAGCCGCCGCUGAGCCUGGACCCUCUGCGCCACAACUCAUGCAUUAUUCCCACGUGCGACCCGCCGUGCUCCGGGGCGCAAUGCUUAGACAACGCCUGCGAAUGCCUGCCACACCACCAACGCUUCAACGAAAGCCAUUGCGUGCUCUGCGACGAAGGCUUCACCGUCGAUUCAGAACUCAAAUGCAUUCCCAAAUGUGAUCAGCAAUGUGUGAACAGCACCUGCGUGGCCCCCAACACAUGCAAAUGUCUCGCCGGUUAUAGAAGUAAAGAUGCGUACACAUGCCAGCCGGUGUGUGAUUGCGUGAACGCAGCGUGUGUUGCGCCGCACAGUUGCGUCUGCUUGCCUGGCUUCAGCGCUGUGAACGCCACUUUCUGUGCGAAGUUCUGCGAGGAUUGCGAUAAUGGGGAAUGUACUGAUACAUGUGUGUGCCGAGACGGGUUUGAGAAGAUCGCCGGUGCCUGCAAGCCAGUUUGUAAAGAAGCUUGUGUUAAUGGCGUUUGCUCUGCUCCAAAUGUUUGUGAGUGCAAUAAAGGUUAUACGAAGAAUGCAAGUCGGCCCGCUGUCUGCUCCAAGGCGUGCGCGGCGCCGUGCGGCGGGUUUUGCGACACAGACGGCGUUUGUCUUAAGAAGCCCAUUUAUCAUGUAAUAAAACCUAGAGUUAUAACCAGAAAGGCUUACACAUGGAGGGAAUGUAAGAAGAAACCGCCAUGCAUAUUAAGAAGUACAAUAACAUAUCAACAGAAGACGUUCAAAUGUGACAGCGGUUGGGUGUACAAUAGUGGAAAGGACAUCUGCCGGCCGAUUUGCGGCUCAGGUUGUCUCAACGGCACGUGUUUAAGUCCUGGUAAUUGUCACUGCGAGCCGCCGCUGAGGUUGCGGAACGGCGCGUGUGUCCAGCCUGUUUGCGCACCGGUCUGUGGCCCCAACAGCGACUGCACAGAAACCGAUACUUGCACCUGCCGCGAAGGAUUCCUGGCUAUCAACACAACCCACUGCGCACCGCGCUGUCCGCCUGGCUACUUCAACGAUCCCAUAGAAUGCAAGCCCAAGUGCGAAAGAUGCAUUAACGGAUUUUGCUCCGCGCCAGAAGUAUGCGAAUGCAAAAUGGGAUACACAGUUAUAGACAACCACACAUGCGGCCCGGUGUGCACGCCCUCUUGCGAGAACGCUGAUUGCAUCGAACCCAACUCCUGCUCCUGCCAUGAAGGUUUUACUAAAAUAAAUCCAUGGAAAUGUGCACCAGUUUGUGCAAAUUGUAACCAUGGGGACUGCGUAGCUCCUGGUAAUUGUAAAUGCCAUGAAGGGUAUGAGAUACGUGGCGGUGUAUGUGAACCAGUGUGUGAAAGACCAUGCGCUAACGGAACGUGUAUAGAACCUAACAAAUGUCGGUGUAAUGUAGGUUACGACUUAGACCCCCAUAAUCAAUUUAAUUGUUUGCCAAUUUGCGACCCGAAAUGUGUGAAUGCUUCCUGUGUUUCUCCAAAUACGUGCUCUUGCCAUAACGGGUACGAAACGACAGGAAAUAACUGGACAUGCAAACCUAGAUGCGACCAAUGCGACAAUGGAGAUUGUAUAGAACCUAACAAAUGCCAAUGUUAUCAUGGAUACGAGAUGGUGCACGGCCGAUGCGAGCCGAAGUGCAGUCGCACUUGUGUGAAUGGCUUAUGUUCGCAACCCGAAGAAUGCACAUGUUUUGACGGCUACACCAUUAGUUUAAACGACCAAUAUACUUGUAGUCCGAUUUGUGAACCAGAGUGCGUUAACUCUUCAUGCGUCGCACCAGGGCAAUGCAAAUGUUUUCCAAAUUAUGAGUCCACGGAGGUGAGACACGAGUGCAAGCCGCACUGCGAGAAAUGCGUUAAUGGUGACUGUGUCGCUCCUGAUGUGUGUGUCUGUCACGCGGGGUACAACGGCACGCAGGGGGCAUGCACGCCGAUUUGCUCGGUUGGCUGCGUGAACGGUGACUGCGUCGCACCUGAAGAGUGCGUGUGUCACGCGGGAUACAACCGCACGCAGGCGGUUUGCACGCCAGUCUGCAUGGAUGGCUGCGUGAACGGUGACUGCGUCGCACCUGAAGAGUGCGUGUGUCACGCGGGAUACAACCGCACGCAGGCGGUUUGCACGCCAGUCUGCAUGGAUGGCUGCGUGAACGGUGACUGCGUCGCACCUGAAGAGUGCGUGUGUCACGCGGGAUACAACCGCACGCAGGAGGUUUGCACACCAGUCUGCAUGGCUGGCUGCGUGAACGGCGACUGCGUCGCUCCUGACGAGUGCGUGUGUCACUUGGGGUACAAUCGUACGCAGGGGGCUUGCAUGCCGGUCUGCUCGGCUGGUUGCGUGAACGGUAUUGGCGUCGAUCCUGAUGUGUGCGUUUGUCAUGCGGGGUACAACAGCACGCAGGGAGUUUGCAUGCCCGUCUGCUCGGCUGGCUGUGCAAAUGGAGAUUGCGUCGCUCCUGACGAAUGUGUGUGUCACGCAGGGUACAACCUCACCCAGGGAGCUUGCACACCGGUCUGUUCGGCUGGCUGCGCGAACGGUGACUGCGUUGCUCCUAACGAGUGCGUGUGUCACGCAGGGUACAACGACGGGCAGGGGGUUUGCACGCCGGUCUGCUCGGCUGGCUGCGUCAAUAGCCGAUGCACGCUCCCUGAAACUUGCACUUGCCUUGACGGCUACAUAAAGAAUUUGACAACCCCUAAUGUGUGCUACAAAGAAUGCGUCGGUCCUUGCGAGCACGGUGCCUGUGAUCUAUAUGGGAACUGUGACUGCGACCCUGGACAUAUGCUGCUGAACGGCACAUGCCAUGUUAUUGAUCCCAUGGACUGCAGUCUAUGUUCCAGUAACUGCACUGAAGGCAGUUGUUGGUGUGCCAGUGGACAGCCUUGCUUUUUCAACCCAACAAAAGAUGCUUCUUCGACCAGCUUGGCCGGCCUGGAGCUAUCGUGGAUGCUGGGAGCCGGGGUAGGGUUCCUUCUCAUCGUGCUACUGCUGGUGGUCAUCGUGCGCAUCGGGAAGAACAAACAAAAUGAGAGCAAGGCGCCUGACGACG